GCGGCGGAAGGCCAGCGUACGAUCAGAGCAGUGUCGGAUCGGACGGUUUCAUGAGUGAUCUCGCCUUGGAGGGCUUCUGCCUCUAUGGGCUCGUCGGUGCUCUCUUCGUCCGAGCUGUGGAACUUCUGGUGGCACCCACCGAGGAGAGUGUCACUUUGGCAUUGACUGGGGUGAGAGUCGCUCUCGGGCUCUUGGGUCCAGUUUCGGAGCUGUCCUUCCUGGAGAACUCCUGCUGGCCCUUUAGCUGGCUAGAGCUGCGCCUGCUGGAAGAAGGGCUUGUCAAGGCGCUGUCAACUCCUGAGAUGGAACCCCACUGGCGCCGGCCUUUGGAGGGGCCACCGAGGAUGGAGUCUGAGGUCGAUCUCCACAUUGUGAUGGCCAUGGCCCUGCCGGAACACCCUGCCGUGGUGUUCUUGGACACAGUCGAGGCCGAAGCGCGCCACCACUUGCAACAGGUGUUGGGCCCGAAACUGCGCGUCGUGGGCCUGGGCGAUCAUGCCACAGCCACGCUGGACGCCGGCCUCAUGGUGAAAAGAGCCGUGGCCGAAGCUGCGCCGACCACGAGGGUGGAGAUCACAAUGAGUGGCCUCGCCUGCCCGGAGAGCCAGGCCUUUGGCUUGGAGGUGUCAGAGCUGGGCUUCAGCCCCGACCCGCUGUUCCGAAACGCCUCGCUGCGAGGGCCGACUCUGGGCCUGCAGCUCCUGGCCGCUCCCGCUUCGGCCACGCUGGAGCUGAGGAAUGUGAACAGUUUGCUCUAUACGGCGGACCUGGACGUAGGAGUUGCUGGACGAUCUGCUCGGGUCGUGGUGGACACCGGUUCUGCUGACUUUUGGCUGAAGCCGAACCUGUUGGUGGAGGAAGUGCAUGGUCAGAAGCUUGUCAGUGCCUCGCCGCGGCGACAGGACGUUCGUGGACAGCGACUCGUACCAGAGUAUAUGAUCCGAUACGGCCUCGGUGAGGUCAUAGCGAUCCCCAUCGUCGAAGAGCGUGUUUGUGCUGGGUCCCUGUGCCUGAAGCAGCUGGAGCUCAUGCUUGCGGUAAAGAUUCAGGGCGUCCAGGAGCAGGGCGCCUUUGACGGAUUGGCAGGACUGGCUUUUCCACUGCUGCAGCAAGCGCCGACGAAUCAAACACUCCUCCAAGCUCUGCAGCUCCAAAGCGGCUGCAAGCACUUUGGCUUUUCCCUGGCGCUGCGCGGCGAAGGCGGCGAGAGCCUUCUCAGCCUGGGUGAAGUGAAAGAUCUCGUGAAAGCGAUGGAAAAAGAGGAGGGCGGCAGCAGCGUCCCCGUCAAGGUCAUGAAUAGAGAGCAGGACCCGGAGCCUGGCUACUGGAUGGUGCAGGUGAAAAUGUCGGUCUUCAACGACAAGCAUCAAAAUCAGCUGCUUCUGGCGAAAGGGAAGGGCCUCCUGGAUUCCGGCAGCUCUUUCCUGGCCGUGCCUGAGGGUUUGGUGGGCUACCUGGUCAUGGCGCUUACCUACGGCCACGGAGGGCUUCCCAGCCUUGCAGUGGAUGAAUCUCAGAGGCUGCUCUGCAGGUGCGACGCCGGACUGAACGACCUUGUCUUCGAGCUUUUUGGCGAAGAUGGGAGAACCUUGAAGGUGACCCUCACCCAGGACGACUUGCUGGAGCCUCCGACGUCUCUCUUUUCUUCUUACUGUGCGCUUCGCCUCCUGGUGAUUCCGGCCAGCGCAAACAUCCCCUACUUGAUCAUCGGCGACCCCUUUCUUCGCAAGGUCUCAGUGGUCUUCGACGUUGACGGCACCAGGGUGCACGUGCUGCCUGUCGGAGAUAAGAAGGGAGCUGCAUUGGUGGCAGAGGGCCUGGCAGCUGGCCCUCCGCGUGGGCUCGCGCUGCUCGGCCUCGUCUCCCUGCUUAGCACGGCCCUGGCCGCGACCUUUUUUGCCUGGAGGCGCCUUGGCCCUGGCUCGGGAGAAGCCGGGCAGGACCAGUACCUGGCGAUGUAG